AUGCGGCAAUGCCAGCGCUUGUCCUGCCGAUUGAUCGCCACCAGAAGCAAGAGCUCGAUCACAUUGCGGCAGGAGCAAGAAUUCGUCCAGCUAGUGCGUUCUUGCACCGCUUCCAGGGAUAUUUCGCGCGGGCGGCGCGUGCACGCCCAGAUCUGGAGCCAUGGCCUCUCCACCGACGUCUUCCUCUGCAAUGCGCUGCUCCACAUGUAUGGCGAAUGCGGCAGCGUCGGCGAGGCCCGGGAGAUCUUCGACGGCAUGGACGAUCACAGCAAGAACAGGUUCUCCUGGAUCACAAUGCUCACCGUCUACGCGCACAACGGGAGGCCCUGGGACGCCAAGAAUCUCUUCGAUCGCAUCCCCGGCGGAAGAGAUUCCGUGGCGUGGAGUUGCCUUAUCGGCGCAUUUGUCAAGAUCGGGGAUCUUGAGCACGCAAGGCGUGUCUUUGAUCUCCUCCCGCGCUGGACAGUCGUCACAUCCACGGCAAUCCUCGUGGCGCUGGCGAAGCGUGGCAAGGCCGAGAACGCCAGAGCGAUGUUCUUGGCGAUGCCGGAGAGAGAUCUCGUAGCGCAAGCAAUGUUCUUCCGGAUGCCAGCCAGGAACUUCGUCUCCUGGAACGCGAUCAUCGACGGAUGCGCGCAGGGCCAGGAUGAAGCGCUGGCCAAGAAGGUGUUCGAUUCGAUGCCCCAGCGAGAGGUGGUGUCAUGGACGGCGAUGGUAGCAACAUAUAGCCAGAGCGGGCGAUUGGAGGAAGCGCAAGCUCUCCUCUCCAAGAUGCCAGCCUUGAACAUCGUCUCUUGGAACGUGAUGAUCCAGGCGUUCGCGGACAAUCUCCUGGUGGAGGAGGCCAAGGAGCGCUUCGAUCGAGCGCCCGAGCACGACUUCGUGUCUUGGAACGCGAUCAUCACGGCCUACGCGCAGACCAGCCAGAUCUUCCUCGCGAGAGCGGCCUUCGAUCGAAUGCCCCAGCGCGACGUGGUAUCCUGGGCGACGAUGAUCCAGUCGUAUGCCCAGGAGGGGCAGCCCAGCAUGGAUCAGGCGAAGGAGAUAUUCGACAGGGCGCCGCAGAGGAACGUCGUCUCCUGGAACGUGAUGAUCACGGGCUACUCGGCGAGCGGCCGGAUCAAGCAGUCCCGGGGGCUGUUUGAGAGGAUGCCAAUGUGGAAUCUCAUCUCCUGGACGAACGUGAUCGUGGCGUGCACGGUGGCCGGCGAGAUCGACGCCGCCAGGAGGGAAUUCGCCGCCAUCCCGGAUCAAGCCACCGACCUCCAGUGCUCCACCUCGAUGCUCUCCGCGAAUGCCAGCGACGGGCAGCUCGAUAGAGCCAAGGCUGUCUUCGACACGAUGCCGCAGAAGGACGUGAUCUCCUGGGCGGCGCUUGUCGCCGGCUACCUCCAGAACCAGCAGCUCGCGGAGGCCAAGCGCGUCUUCGAUCGGAUGCCCGCCACCAAUGCCGUGUGCUGCAACACGGUGAUGGCCUCCUUCGCCAGCGCCGAUCGGAUGCCCGAGACGCGAUCGCUCUUCGACCGGAUGCCCGAGAGGACGCUCGCCUCCUGGUCGACGAUGCUGGGCGGCUAUGCCCAGUCGGGGCACACCGCCUCCGCCAAGAGCUUCUUCGAUCGAAUGCCGCAGAGGGACGUGAUCGCCUGGAACUGCAUUGUGGUGUCCUACGCUCGCAAUGGUCACGUCCGCGAGGCCCGCGCGAUCUUCUCCGCCAUGCCCGAGCACGACGAGGUCUCCUGGACAGUGGCGAUCGCGGCGUGCGCUCACAAUGGCUACCUCGAGCAGGGGCUGGAGCUCCUGAGCUACAUGCUCCUGGCAGGGAUCUCUCCCGACGACGUGACUUUCCUCUCGAUCCUCGCGGGUUGCAGCCAUCUCGGGGAGCUCUCCAGGGGGGGAGAGUUCUUCCGGAGGAUGGUCGGGGAUUUCUUCCACGAUCCGAACCGGGAGCACUACUCGAGCGUAGUGGACAUGCUGGGGCGUCUCAAGCUGCUGGAUCAAGCGCGGGAGCUGAUCGAUACCAUGCCUUUCGUCCCGGACGCGGUGGCGUGGACGGCCUUGCUGACGGCGUGUAAGCAGCACAGUGACACUCAGGGGAGCUUGCGAGCCGCGGAGAUGGUCUCGCGCCUGGCGCCCAGGAGUGGAUCGUCCUACGUCUUGCUCUCCAACGCAUUCGCGAGUGGAAUCGCUAGCCGCGGGGAGCUGGUUUCCAAGAUUGAUGAUCACGACCCGCUGGAAGCAUUCGAUUGUUCUUGA